UUCUAAGCCUGAUGUGAUUUCCUUAUUGGAGCAAGGGAAAGAGCCCUGGAUGCAAAGGAACAUGGUGGGAGGAUGCUGCCCAGACUUGGAAUUCAGAUAUAAGACCAAGGAAUUGUGUCUUCAAAAAGAAAUCUGUGAAGGAACAUCGGCCCAGUGGAUGGUAAUGGAAAAAAGUCAUAGCCUUGUAGGCUACAGUGUCAGAGAUGACUGGGUAUGCAAAGGCCAGUUUGAGAAGCAAGAGAUAAAUCAGGAUGGAUAUCUGGGGCAAGCACUAAUGACUUAUGAAAAAAUGCCAACUUGUAGCCUGAAGACAUCUCUUGUUCUACGUCAGCAAAUUUUUUCUGGAGAGAAACUCUGUAAAUUUAAAGAAUGUGGAAAACCCUUUAUUUAUGGCUCAGGAUGUAUACGACAGCAAGGAAUUCGUGUUGGUGAGAAACCCUAUAAAUGUAAGGAAUGUGGGAAGGUCUUUAGUCAUUUUUCCUAUCUUACUGAACAUCAGAGAAUUCAUACUGGUGAGAAGCACUAUGAAUGUAAGGAGUGUGGAAAAGCUUUUAUUCGUGGCUCACAUCUUAUUCAACAUCAGAGAAUUCAUGCAGAUGAGAAACCCUAUGAAUGUCAGGACUGUGGGAGGGCCUUUAGACAGUCUGCACACCUUACCCGACAUCAAAGAAUUCAUACAGGUGAUAAACCUUAUGAAUGUAAGGAAUGUGGGAAGUCUUUUAUUUGUGGCUCAGAACUCACUCGACAUCAGAGAAUUCACACUGGUGAGAAACCCUAUGGUUGUAAGGAAUGUGGUAAGGCAUUUAGACUGCUUUCACAACUUGUUCAACAUCAGCGUCUUCAUAAUGGUGAGAAAUCUUAUCAAUGUAGGGAAUGUGGAAUGGCCUUUAUUCGUAGUUCACAACUUACUGAACACCAGAGAAUUCAUCCUGGUAUGAAACAUUAUGAAUGUAGAGAAUGUGGGAAGGCCUUUGUUUGUGGUUCCCAGCUUUUUCACCAUCACCAAAUUCAUACUGGUGAAAAGUCCUAUGAAUGUGCACAGUGUGGGAGGGCCUUUAUUUGUGCCUCACAACUUACUCAACAUCAGCGAAUUCAUACUGCCAAGAAACCCUAUGAAUGUAAGGAAUGUGGAAAAGCUUUUAUUCGUGCCGCACAUCUUAUUCAACAUCAGAGAAUUCAUGCAGAUGAGAAACCCUAUGAAUGUCAGGACUGUGGGAGGGCCUUUAGACAAUCUUCACACCUUACCCGACAUCAAAGAAUUCAUACAGGUGAUAAACCUUAUAAAUGUAAGGAAUGUGGGGAGUCUUUUAUUUGUGGCUCAGAACUCACUCGGCAUCAGAGAAUUCACACUGGUGAGAAACCCUAUGGUUGUAAGGAAUGUGGGAAGACCUUUAGUCGAGCCUCACACCUUGUUCAACAUCAGUGUCUUCAUAAUGGUGAGAAAUCUUAUCAAUGUAGGGAAUGUGGAAUGGCCUUUAUUCAUAGUUCACAACUUACUGAACACCAGAGAAUUCAUCCUGGUAUGAAACAUUAUGAAUGUAGAGAAUGUGGGAAGGCCUUUGUUUGUGGUUCCCAGCUUUUUCACCAUCACCAAAUUCAUACUGGUAAAAAGUCCUAUGAAUGUGCACAGUGUGGGAGGGCCUUUAUUUGUGCCUCACAACUUACUCAACAUCAGCGAAUUCAUACUGCCAAGAAACCCUAUGAAUGUAAGUAAUGUGGAAAGGUCUUUAGACAGUCUGCACACCUUAAUCAACAUUUUAGAAUUCAUAAUCUAACAUAAUUAAUGUAGGAAACCCUUUACCUGCCUUUCAUUUAUUGUAGCUCAUCAGAUUUCAUGCUGGAGUAAAAUACAGUUGAUGUGGCAGUCCUUUGACCUGAUACUCAGUUUAUUCAGAAUCAGAACAUUUAAUGCUGAAAAAAUUGGUAAUGAAUGUUAAAGAGUUUCUAUCAUCACUCAUACCUUGUUGAAUUUUACAAAUUCAGGCUAGAAAAAUGUGAAUGAGAAAAGGCUACUAUUUACUAUUAUGUGCCAUUAGGCAAUUUAACUUCUCUGUGCUUAAAUUUACUAAUUGAUAAACUGUUGAUAGUACCUAUUUGUAAUAAAGAAUCUGACUCCAGUUUUGAUGUUUGACCACUGACUGUUUAAGCAUCACCUUUCUCUCCACUUUGGCCCCAGAACUGGACAGGCCCCUCUUCCUUUAGAGACAAUGAGAAAUU